AUGGGAGGCAUUUUUGGGAAGAACAAGAGGCCCUGUGUGUUCCCCAGGGUUGUUUAUAGGGCCAAGGGCAGGAAGGGUGCCCGGGUGUGCUGUGAUGCAGCCACAUGGACUGGGGACACCCAUUUCCACUCGGCACGGAUUGGGAGGGCUCUGAGGGGCUUUGAGCCUCCUGAAGCCAGCAUGGUGCUGGAAGCUUCUGAGAGCGAGUUUAGAGAGGAGGAAGGAGACUCAGCCUCCUGUCCAUGGGCACAGCACAGCGAGAUCUCAGUCCUUGUAAUUGCUGGAGACGCAGCAGGGGCUGAGCCUGGAGCCAAACCUCAAAGAGAGCUGCAGAAACACAAGGGACAAGGACCCCAAAGCCCUGAGGAGAGCAGAGAGGCUGAAGCUGUCCUGCACCCCCCUGAGCUCCUCUCUGGGGAGCCGGGGGUGACACCUCUCACUCAGAUCACAGUGGAGGUCGAUGUCCACGUGUCUGCAGGUGACCCUGGGGAGCCUGGCCAGGACCAGGCUGCUGCCAAAUGUGAGCUGCUGAGGGGGGCACAGCAGCAGGAGGAGGCUGGGGCUGGCAGGGGGGCAGAGCAGGAGGGUGAGGAUGAGGAUGCCUGUGUUGGGAAGGCUCUUUGGGAGGUGCCCAUGCAGAAGGCAGGUGACACCACGGCUGCUUCGUGUCCCCUGGAGGAGCCAGAGCUGCCCCUGAAGGCUGCAGAGCCAGGAGAGAGCAUCACAAACGGGCAGAGAGCUGCACAGGAGCAGGGGGGAGAAGAAACUGAAGCCCCACCUGAUCUCCAGCUGGGAGAAGAUGAGAUUGCUGCUCCUGAAGGUGUGAAGGGAACUGCUGGGGGAGCAGAGCAAGAUCAAGAGAUGCCCGAGACCUGUGGUGAUGAGCAGACAGCAGAGGAGACCCCAGCCCGCCUGCCAGAAACCCGGGAGGAGCAGAAACCCCAAGUUAGCAGUGAGGGGAAAGCAGAGGAGCACUGA